GAAGGAACUGAUCGUGCAGUACAGCCAGCUUUCAGAGGAGGCUGCAUGGAGGGAGCGGAGGGCACUAUGGAGGGCACAGAGACUCCGUCUAUACCAGGCCAGGACUCUUUAUCUGCAGGAGGAUCGGCAACUGAUUGAGGCUCUCCUGGAGAGAUAUCCGCUAGUACAAAGGGAAUUUUCCCAGGAACCCCCCCCUUCAUUAGCCAGCAUGGAUCAGCCCAUCCUGGAACAAAAGGCGUCUGAUGGUGCAUCUGAGAAAUUACGGGGCAUUCUAGACAAUGUCCCUACAGUCAUCCCACAAAUCCCUGUGGCUUCUACCACUCAGCCCACUCCCAUCAAUAAUCUUAAGCCCUUAACCCCAGCUGAGCUGAACCUCAAUGAUUUUCUCAACAAACUUCCUCAAGUUGCAGACAGUCGACAAGUGGAUUCGGCUUUGCAGGAUAUUGGCUUUGACCUUUCAGAGGGACAUUCUGCUCUAAUAGAACAUGACAUGUAUGCAGAUAAUCCCCAUAACCCCCUACGGGCUGUUUGGCCUCAAUGGGGUCAUGCAGGACAGACCUAUGACCAGCAGAACCCCAGAAAUCAAUGUCAGCUUUCCACAGUUGACUCUGAAAUCACUCAAGGUCUGUUACCUCAGACCGGGAUGCUGGACACUUGUCCAGAGUCAGCAAGUGUAGGUCCAGUUGCUGAGGUAGAUUCUACUGUGCAGAAACAGGCAGGACACCUUGCAAGUGCCUUUGUUACUGGGGGAGAGUUUGUUGAGGGCAGUCAGAUCUGUGCUGGCAGCUUUGAGGACCCUGUUUCCCAAGUAAAGGUUGAAUCAAAUGAACAUAUACCUACUGUGCACGGAUCUGCUUCAGAUGCAAGUAUUAAUGUGGGGACACAUGUAUCAGAAAAAGUCAGCCACGCUGCUUUGAUUGGCACUUACAAACAUGUAUCAGAAGUGGAUUCUUCUCACCCAUUCUCAAAUAUUUAUGAUCAUGUAUCAGAUGACAACAUAAUGGUGGGUGGGUUUACAUCUGAGGCGUUAUUCCCCCACCCCUGCUGGAACACACAUGGCCACUUCUCUGACUGCACACUCAAUGUGGACCGUGUGCUGCCAGGCUCAGAGCCUUCAGAGCCCAAGCACCUGCCUGGCAGUAUGUAUGGACACUCUUCAGACUCUACCCUUGGAAUUGGGUGCAUAGUUUUGGGCACAGAACCAGUCCAGUCCUCCUUGCCUGUAUAUGUUUACGGGCACUCCUCUGACUCUGUGUUGGAUGUGGGCUGUGUGGUUAAAGGCCCAGAGCCAAUCCAGGCCCCACUUCCUGGAAGUGCUUAUGGACAUUCCUCGGACUCUGUGUUGGACGUGGGCUGUGUGGUUAAAGGGCCAGAGCCAGUCCGGGCCUCUCUUCCUGGAAGUACUUAUGGACACUCCUCAGACUCUCUGUUGGAUGCGGGCUGUGUUGUUAAAGGCCCAAAGUCAGUUCAGGCCUCACUUCCUGGAAGUGCUUAUGGACACUCCUCGGACACUGUGUUGGACGUGGGCUGCGUGGUUAAAGGCCCAGAGCCAGUCCGGGCCUCACUUCCUGGAAGUACUUAUGGACACUCCUCAGACUCUGUGUUGGACGCGGGCUGUGUGGUUAAAGGCCCAAAGUCAGUCCGGGCCUCACUUCCUGGAAGUGCUUAUGGACACUCCUCAGACUCUGUGUUGGACGUGGGCUGUGUGGUUAAAGGCUCAAAGUCAGUCCAGGCCUCACUUCCUGGAAGUGCUUACGGACACUCCUCGGACACUGUGUUGGAUGUGGGCUGUGUGGUUAAAGGCACAGUGCCCGUACAAGUUCCAGCUGUCCUUGAUGAGACCAGUGUCAACCUGGAUGCCCAGAACCCAAAAUUUGAUACCCCCAAGGAGCACCAGAUGCUUGAAGGAGUGUCUGCAUGGCCAUGCAGCAUCCCGAGCGGGGAGGCAGAGGAAGAGGAUUACCUCCGCUGUCUGUCUACGCAGUACACAGUGGAGCAGUACCAAGAUGACUACCACCUCCUCACAGCGGCCUAUGACUCUCAGCUGCUUCAGCAGAUCAUCCGUGGCCCCUAUGGCUUCCCAGGGUCCCCAGUGAUGUGGAGGUCCACCGAUGCCACGGCUGUGCAGCUCAGCGAGAUGGUGUCUCUGCCUGUGUUGAUGAAGCACUCCGUCACCAUGCCACUGAUCACACACGUGUCCCUGGUAAACAAAGCCGUGGUGGAUUACUUCUUUGUGGAGCUGGAGGUGGAGCACCACUUCGAGGCCCUCAGGCACUUCUUGCUCAUGGAGGACGGCGAGUUUGCUCAGUCACUCAGUGAUUUGCUGUUUGAAAAGCUGAGUAGUGGCCAGACUCCUGGGGAGCUCCUGACACCCCUGGUGCUGAACUCCAUCCUUAGCAAGGCCCUGCAGUACAGCCUGCAUGGGGGCAACGCUCUGGCUGCCAACUUUACCUUUGCCCUACGCUUCCUCCCCGAGCGCUUCCACCCACACGCCCCUGACGCACUGCAGUGCCUGGAGCUGUGCUACAAGGUGGAUUGGCCGCUGAACAUCAUCAUCACCGACAGCUGCAUGGACAAGUACAACCGCCUGUUCUCCUUCCUCCUCCAGCUGAAGCACAUGGUUUGGACUCUGCGCGAUGUCUGGUUCCACUUAAAGAGGGCUGCACUGGUAAAGGGGGCUGGCCAGUCAACCCAGUUCCGCCAGCUGCAGCUGUACCGACAUGAGAUGCAGCACUUUGUCAAGGUCAUUCAAGGCUACAUCGCAAACCAGAUCCUGCAGGUGUCCUGGAGUGAGUUCACCCACAAACUGGCCAACAUCAGAGACCUGGACUCCAUCCAUCGCACCCAUGCAGACUACCUCAAUAGGGCCAUCUUUAGAGGUCUGCUAACAGAGAAGGCUGCUCCCGUCAUGAACAUCAUCCACAGCAUUUUCAGCCUGAUCCUUAAGUUCCGAGCCCAGCUGAUUGCACAGCCCUGGAGUAACCAGCAAGGGGAAGCAGUACAUCCCAGUUUUGUGGCCAUGCAGCAGUCCUACAACACAUUUAAGUACUACUCCCACUUCCUCUUCAAAGUUGUCACUAAGCUGGUCAACAGGGGUUAUCAGCCUCACCUGGAGGACUUCCUGCUCCGUAUCAACUUCAACAACUACUAUAAGGACUUCUGAGGAGCCUUUCAUGAGACACGACCUUUGGUCAAGUGGAAAAAUGGACAGAACCAUGGCAGACUUUUGUCCCACUGUUAGACAUAUGAAAUGUCCAUGUGUUUGUUAUGUGUGUAUUUAUGCCAGUUAAUAUGCUUUGUACAAUCUCAUGCAAAGGUAAAUAUAUGUAUUUUAAAGUCCUGAAUAUAUGCUUUGAACAUCUAGAGGAGCUUUGCUGAUAAUGUAUUUGCUGAUGUUCAUUGUUUUACAGUGUGAAAUGAAAGAACCAAUAAAGACUAAUUUAAACAUA